AUGUGCGCUAAAAUUGUGCUUUCUCUUGUUCUACUUCUUCACUUUACAGGAAAGUUCACGCCCACCACCGCCACAGUAGACACCAUUCCCGCCCGAACGGUAUGGGCCGCCGAGGGCCACCUGGCCGAGCUGCCCUGUGACAUCACCGCCCAGGCUCAGGACGCCGUCAAAGUGGUCCUGUGGUUCAAGGACUCCAUUGGAGUUCCCCUCUACUCGGUGGACUCCCGAUCCGGCGUCUCGGUGCAGGAGGGCGUCCAGUGGGCCACCGGCGACGACCUGGGCAAAAAGCUGAAAAUGGUCAUCACCGAAAAUCUCAAGGAAGCCCGCCUCCAGAUCAGCAACAUCAACCAAUCCGAUUGUGGCGUCUAUCGGUGUCGGGUGGAUUUCUUCAACUCGCCGACCCGCAACUAUCGGUUCAAUCUGACGCUUGUUGUGCCACCAGAAGAGCCGCGGAUAUUCGACGCUCAAGGAAAGGAGAUCGCCACGGUAGCCGGACCCUUUCGGGAAGGGCACGAGCUGUUUCUGUCCUGUCAAGUAUCGGGAGGUCGACCACCGCCGCGAGUGUCCUGGUGGCACGGCGAUAAGGAAAUCUCCGGCACGAGUCAUCCGUCCGCAAUCGAUGGCGCCGCCGCCAUGGUCAACCAGCUGUUCCUCGGGACGGUCACCCGGGAGCUCUAUGGGGCCAAGUUUCGCUGCAAGGCAGCCGUAUCGAAGCUGAUAUCGCCGCUGUCGAAGGAGGUCUCCAUCCAAGUGCACCUGAAACCGCUUCGGGUGAAAAUCGUUACCCCUAAUGAGCUGCUGAACGCGAAACAAGCCGUUCCAAUCAGGUGCAAUGUGUGGGGUUCCUUUCCGGCGGCCAAAAUCGUCUGGCUGCUGGACGGGGAGCCCCUCCGGAGUGCCGACAUCACAGUACAUAGCGAAAACAAUGAUGCAAAUUUUACCUCCAGCAUACUGACGAUGGUGGUCUCGGCCGGAAACGAUGGCUCCGAGCUAACCUGCCGGGCUUCCAAUCCGUGGUUCUCGAACUUUUCACUCGAGGACAAGCGGAUUAUCAACGUUGCAUACCAACCGGUCGUAUCGGUGCAUCUGGCCAACGAAGAUCCCAGCCGAGUCAUCACCCGGUCCGAGGGGGCCAACGUAACGCUCAAGUGCCGAGCCGACGCCCGACCGCCGGUGACGUCCUUUUCCUGGUACAAGAAUAACAUGCGAAUGUCCGGCGAGAGCGGCGAAACGUUGCACCUGACCCAACUGGAGCGAGAAAGUGCCGGCGGAUAUGCGUGUGCAGCCACCAACGAGGAAGGCGAAUCUCGCAGCUCGUCGAUAACUUUGAAGAUUCAGUUCGCACCCCGCUGCAAGCCCGGAACCGAGCAGCAAACGAUCGGCUCGCUCAGCAUGCAGUCGCAGGUCGUCAAGUGCGAAGUGGACGCCGAUCCGCCCGAUGGAGUGCGCUUCAGUUGGACCUACAACAGCACCCGCAAUGUGUCCCCGGUGUUGAACUCACGCAUCAGCUCGCACGGAUUGGUCAGCACCAUCAACUACCUGCCGCAGAUCGAUGCCGAAUUGGUAACGCUUCAGUGCUGGGCCGUGAACAGCGUCGGACGGCAGAUGGUGCCCUGUUUGUUCCACAUACUUCCUGCAAAAACCCCGGAAACGCCCCGCAACUGCGAGCUGCACAACGACACCGAGCUCGAAGUGGUCUGCCAAGCCGGAAGCGACGGUGGACUGGUGCAGCACUUCCUAAUGGAGGUCAUAGGUGGCGCUCCGCCACCCAUGUUCAGCCUCGACUACACCCGAAGCCCACCGACCGAGAUCGAUAACGAAAUCUCCACCAUGAACGAUCAGGCCACCCUAGCGCCGCUGUUUCGGAUCACGCAGAACGAGCCGCACUUUAAACUGCACAGCUUGGAACCGGGCCGGAUCUACCAACUGUUGGUGUACGCGGUCAACGCCAAAGGCAAGAGCGAAUCGGCGUACGUGUUCGACAAUGUCCGUGCCGGAAGCGCCGCGCUGAUACCACCGUAUGUGGACGAAACCAUCAUCUCGGAGGACCCGACCCCGGCGGAAACGUCCAACGCGGACAAGCAGAAGCAGCACUCGCAGAUGGUGAUGUUUGCGGCGGUGGCGGCCGCGGCCGGUGUCGUCAUCACCUCGGUCAUCGUGGCCGGCUUUGUCGCGAUAUGCAGGCUCAAGCGACCGAAACCGCCCGAACCGCAGGAGGUGCGGAAGCGAAUGCGACCUGCCAGAACCGAUGUGCCAUCGAUGUACGCCGAGGACGAUGUGUUCGAGGACGAAUUCCAGCGGCAACCGGGCGACCCCCGGUGCAGUCGAGCUUCCUCCACCCUCCGGAGCAGCCGGUACAUCUCCGAGGGCUUUGUACAGUAUUCGCAGCCUAGUCUUAAUGUCUAUAUUGCAGAUCCGGACCUGAUUCUUCCCCGGGGAGGCGAAAUCGAGUUCACAACCCUGGCAGGAGCCUAGCAGUGCGCCCCCCACCUGGUCGACAUCGGCGGCGGUGGGGUCAAAAUCAGUGAAACGGACACAACCAUCGCUCCUACGGCUGCCGCCAUCAUCAUUGUCGACCAGAAGCCACCGCAGCAAGUGGUACUGUAAAUAGUGUCUGCCCUUCGAUGGAACCCCGCCGUCAUCCCUCAGCAAUCCAACCGAGACCCCAAUAUUCAGCCCAGUGUCGGUGUCGAAGCCCAGUUCCAUCGUUCGUUUCUCGUGAAUUGGGUAAUUUUUAAACCAUUGUGCAACAGAAGUGUGUCAGCGAGAGUGUACUGUUCGAUGUCGGAUCUAGAUAAACCUGAAAUCAAAAGAAGGAAUUUUGUCUUUACUGGCGUAAGAAAAGCGCAACAACCGAUUUGAUCAAAAGUAAGAAAUCUUAAACUGUUACUCACUGCCCCUCCGAAGGCCGACUUCGGAACUGUGGGGUUAGUGGUCUUUUGAAUUUUUGGAAGCUGAUAAAGCGAACGCCACUAAUCCAGAAACUAUUUAGAAUAUUUGAGUAGAUUUAUUUUUUAGUCUAGCAAAAAAACUCAGAAGAGCAGAUGAUUUAUUAAAAGAAGCACGUUAUUGUAUAAAUUACUGUUAAGCGGAGCGAAGUUCAACUAAACGAAGCGAUUGAUGUAAAUUAAGGAAACUGGUUUAAAGAUGAGAAAAUCAAAACAGAAACAAUUAAGGGAAAACUACAAACUUAGGUAAUGAUUUUAGUUUAGUCGCAGAUAUUUUUUAUAAAAACAAUGAAAAUGACAUCUAAGAGAGGAAGCAGUGAGCAAAAAUCUCCUAAACCAAAAAGGAAUUACAUACAGUAAAGAAACAAUCAAAAUAAUUUCGUUUAAUGAAAUACAAGCCAUGAUUUUUCAAACAAAGAA